AUGCUUCAGAUUACUGCAUUUUUCGCCGCCUUUGCCGUAUCCAGUUUGCCCACAGCCUAUGACACACCAUCGCGGUCAACACCAAAUAUAAAGGCCAAUCUUCCAUCCGCAAACUCUACAUCCAGGCACCUCUUUAUCCACACCCAGCAAUGUCUGCCAACUUUAGCGCGGACAAGUGAAUCUCCAGCGCGGUAUACUCCACACUGCAUAUUCAGUGUUUCACCAGGUACCUCGAUAUCAUCAGCAAACUCGAAAAAGCCUGCCAGCCCACUUCAACUUCCUGCAUAG